UGGAAAGAAAGACAUGUUUAACAAUAUAUAUCUCUUAUUUUUUAUUUUCCAAUUAUUAAGUGUCUUAUUAUACUGAAAUGUUAUCAUUAGGAUGUCUAUUCUGUUACGGAAUUUUGUUGGCUGUACUCAUAACAAUUUUGUUUUUCAUAAUAAUAUAUGUGACAAGCGAACGGUAUCCCAAAAUCUCAAGAGAUGAAAGCGAAAAAUUUUUUUUCAACUGUCAGAUGAAGAUAAAGGAAGCAUUUCCUUCAUUAUAUGAUCCCUGGAGUGUGCAACUCAGUGUCAUUAUACCUGCUUACAAUGAAGAACAAAGAUUACCUCCCAUGUUGGACGAAUGUUUGGAGUAUCUGGAAGAAUGUAGGAAGUCUGGAUUAACUUAUGAAGUAAUAGUAGUCAGUGAUGGCAGUACAGAUAAGACUGUUGACGUGGCGCAUCGUUAUGCAUUAAAAUACAGCACUUUAAAAGUAUUAAAUCUUAUAAAAAAUAGAGGAAAAGGUGGAGCUGUAAGACUGGGUAUGCUGAGUGCAAGAGGCAGCGCUUUGUUGUUCGCAGAUGCAGAUGGUGCUACUAAGUUUAACGAUUUAAAAAAGUUAGAUGAGAAUUUGAUAAAUGUUUUAGGAUUUGAUUAUAUUAAUAAACCCGAGAAAACGGCAUCGUCCGAUGCAGUAAUAUGUGGCUCAAGAGCACAUUUGGAAAAAGAAGAAACUGCCAAACGAUCCUACUUCCGACUCUUUCUUAUGCACGGCUUUCAUUUCUUAGUCUGGUUGUUGUGUGUCAGGGGCAUUAGAGAUACGCAGUGUGGAUUUAAGCUUUUAACGAGAAAAUCAGCGAGAACAAUAUUCGAAGCGUUACAUGUCGAACGCUGGGCAUUUGAUGUAGAAAUGCUUUACAUCGCACAGACUCUCAACAUUCCUGUGACUGAAAUAGCAGUAAACUGGACGGAGAUCGAGGGCUCCAAGAUCAUACCAUUUUGGAGCUGGUUGCAAAUGGGCAGAGAUCUAUUCUUUAUCUGGCUUAGAUACAGAAUUGGAGCAUGGAAGAUAAAUAAACCUAAAAAUUAGGACUUAAUAUUAAUUAGAUUU